AUGGUUGAAUCAGAUAAUCACACUGUUUUGAUUGUUGACCAAGAGCGACGACUGCGGCAUGGAAUACCAACCUACGCUUCUAAAGCUCUAAGAGAUAUUCUACUUCCGUCCAUUAUUGCAAAUGACCUGAGUCUAUCGCAAGCAGAUUCACCACAAGCUGUGACCAAUAAAUCCAGUAACCAAGCUGUGUCCGUGUUUGCAGCUGGUAUGCGAGCGUUCAUAUACCAACUCCAAAGCUUCUACCUAAGAACCCCUGUUAAAUUAUUCCGACCGUCGAGAUUCGAUUAUUUGGCAUAUGUUCGUGCAGUUGCAGACAAGCAUGAUAAUAUUCUGGGGAAACCAUAUCGCUUCCGCACCCAUUCCUCAUUGGCUAUGCUAGUCAAUGUUUUAAGGAAGGAAGGGUGGAAGUUUAUACCUGAGCAGGUCUUGCCACCAUUGAUUGCAAACUCGGCAACGGGUAUUAUUUUGUAUGCAACAUACUUGACUAUGCUUGACCAUUAUACUAAAGCGCGAGGUAACAAGCCAACGCAUUUCAAUUGGUAUGCACCUUUUGAUACUUGGAGGGCUGGAUUUGUGGCAGGUGGUAUGCAAUCCCUCGUUGCUGCACCAAUCGACGCCAUUUAUACUAGGCUGUCAGUUUCUGAAAUGCUAGAAGGGAACCACCAGAAUUUGUGGCGAUUCGGUAUUAGCAAGCUAAAGGAUAUUGGGCUUGUGGGAGUGUUUGCAGGGUAUGGGUUUUCGCUUAUCAAGGAAAGUUUUGGAUUUGCAUUUUAUUUUUCGACAUUUGAAACGGUAAAGACACAAGGCUACAAUAUCACAUACCAGCUCAUUAAAGUGUACCGCAAUUCAGAAGAUCUUAUUAGGCAUAAGCUACAAAAAUGGUUUAAAUGGGAUGAGGACCAAGUUGAUGAGAAAAUGGAACGAUUGGAAAGGUACCGCCUGGCAAAAUUGCUCAAGUCGACGUUUGUUCUACUCGCUGGUGCAUCUGCUGCAUUUUCUUUAUUGGCGGUACAGUAUCCCAUCACCAAGGUGCAAAAGAUCCAUUUUUCACGUCUUGAAGCUUUGGACUUCUACAAUGCAUCGGCAAGAAAAGAUAAACCACUUUUUAAAGUAUACUACAACUCAUACAUUGACACUUUUAAUCAGAUACUUCGGAUGAAGAGAAGAGCCAAAAUUACCUGGUUUGAAGCUGCUUAUAGCGGGUUUGUGAGAAAUGCUUUGACAACCAUUCCUGCCACCUCGGUAGCGUUGUUGGUAUUCGAAAUUACUAGAACAAGACUAGCUGACAACUUUGAUGACUACGAGGUGCUUGAUGCUUAA